AUGAAAGUACAAGCAUUGGCGGACUUCCUAGCAAAUCAUCCGGCCCCAUCAGAUUGGAAAUUGUGCAAAGACUUGCAUGAUGAAAAAGUAUUCUAUGUUGAAAUUAAGGAACCCUGGACCAUAUACUUUGAUGGUGCACCACGAAGAGAUGGAGCUGGGGCAGGUGUUGUCGUUUCACCUGAGAAACAUAUGUUACCCUAUAGCUUCACACUUGGUGAAUUAUGUUCAAACAACACUGCUGAAUAUCAAGCGCUCAUCAUAGGACUUCAAAUUUUCAUAAAAAUCGGAAUAACAUACAUUGAGAUCUACGGCGAUUCGAAGUUGAUAAUCAACCAACUUCUGCUGGAGUAUGAUGUGAAGUACGAAGACCUUAAACCUUACUUCGUUUAUGCGAGACGACUGUUGGAGAGGUUCGAUGGAGUAUCACUAGAGCAUGUUCCUCGUUCGGAGAACAAAAAGGCAGAUGCCCUAGCAAAUUUGGCUACUGCUCUUACAAUUUUAGAAGAUGAGACGUUGCAGAUUUCACUCUGCCAAAAAUGGAUCACCUCAUUAAUCGAAAGUGAGCAUCAAGAAGCAAAUGCUAUAUCAGUUUGCAUCAUUGAAGAAGAAGAUUGGUGA